CCGGGGGAACGGCCAGUCGCGUCGAAGUCGUCACUUCCGGUCAGGUGACGUUCCAAGAUGGCGGCGCUGUUGGAAGACAGAGACUUGCAGGGGCUCAGACAGCGCUUCCAGCAGCAGGCGGAGGUGUUACUGAGGGAGGCUGAAGGGUCAGACGCCGAUGACGAGAAGAAAAAGGAGAAGCCUCUUCCCAGGAUAAACCCCCAUUCUGUGUUCUGGAUAUUGGCGGCAGUGUCGUUGACUUACUAUGUCGAUUUUUGUCAAGUCCUGCAAUCAAAUCUACAAGAAGGCUGUGUCUGGCUCCUGGUUGGUGCCCUGUCAUUGGUCAUUAGUCUGUCCAUAGCUCUGUACUGCAUAGUUUAUCUGGAGUGGCAUUGUGGGAUUUGUGAUUACGAUGCCAAGUAUCCAGGGCUUGUUCCUGUCGCUAUUAUAACAUUUCUAGUAGCAGCCGUGUGCAUAAAUGUUUCAUUAUGGCCAGUGUGGUCAUUUUUUACUCCAGGGAUAUUGUUUACUCAAUUCAUGGGAUUUGUAAUGUUGGUGUCGCUGUUUGGUUGAUCAUAUGGAGUUUUUUCUCCUAGAUGUGAAGUAGACUUUGAACUGAAGAGCAGCAGCUGAUCAGUAUGAAGAAGUGCUUGGAGAGCUGCAGGCGGCUACAUUCCUCUGGAGUUUUUUUUAAAUUUUUUUUAUUUGGAGAGAAAAAUUUAUUUGAAAAAAAAAA